UUCUUCUUCCUUGUUUCUAACAAAUUUCAGGAGAGAGCUCUCUGAAUUCGAUUUUGACCUCACAACCAUACAAAACAUUUUCUCGAGAAAAUCUCUCUCAACCGAACGAAUUUGGAAAUCACCAAAGAAAUUCUUUUGCCGUAACAAUGGAGGUAAAAGUAGCUACCACGACGUCGUUUCAUUGGUCAGGGCGUCACUCGGCGAUUCCUCAAUGCCCGUCAUUUUCGCAAACCCUAACUUCUUCAAAACGCCGUCGUUCUCGUGGAAGAGCCGGAGAUGUGGCCGUUUCUGGAGGAUCUUUAGCUUGUCAGUCGAGAUUGAAACCUUCGUCGUUUCUCGGAACGCAAUCUGGGAAGCUUCACCGAUCUAAAUCAUGUGAGCUUUGGGAAUUUUCUAAUUCUACCACGAAGAAGGUAUCAACGGAUGUGGUGAAGAGAGAUAGUUCGUUAAGGAGAGUUUGUAGCGCGAGCUCUGGUUUUUUCUCCGACGAAGCUUUCUCUGUGAAGAUGCAGGAAUUAGCCUCACAAUUCAGGAUUGCAGGGGAAGAUGGAGAUGAGAAACGCAUUGUGAACAAACACAAAUCAGAAGUAGUAGGUAGUCGUAGAUUUGGUUCUGUGAAGCUAUUACAAGAGUCUGUUCCAGGUUUAGCUUCUUUGGAGGCUCCAUGGGCAGAGAUGGUUAACCAUUCAAGCAUUGAGCGUAAGGCAAACAGUGUUGAUUUGCCUCUGUCGCUUAGGAUAAUUAAGAGGAAGCUACAAGAAGAAGCGCUUAAAGAAGCUAGUGCAUCUACUUAUUGUUCUAUCAAUAGAGCUUUCUCUUCUAUGGUUUUCAUGAUUGAGGAGCUUCAAGGCUUUGCGUUGCAGACUAGGGUGGGUGUUCUUAGGCAGGUUAAGAAGGAGAUGCAUGCUUCCCUGCUUUGGAUUUUCCAACACGUCUUCUCUCAGACACCUACUUUGAUGGUUCAUGUGAUGAUCUUAUUGGCGAACUACACUGUGCAUUCAGUUGCAUCAAACCUACCUAUUUCAGCAUCUCCUCCAUACUCUGCGGAGACAAAAGAAGUGCCAGUGGUUGAUAAAGGUCCAGAUCAGACACAUCAAAGAAUUGAUUUUUCUUCAUUAGAGCAGUCUAGUGUGUCUAGUGGAGUUGGUCGGAUGGAUUUAGGGCCUGUAGUAAGUGGCAGAGAUGGUAAAGGGAUUGAUGGGUCCAAAUGGUUAGGUUCGAUCAGUUUUGACAAGGUCUCCCACUUACCUAUACAUCGAGACUUGAUUUCAGGAGAAGGUCUGACAGAAGAGGAGCUCAGUCUGUGGAAUUCGAUGGUCGAAGAAGUAGAUCAAUUGCAAGAUUCCCCUGUUGACCUUGACAUGAGAUUGAGACUGGUUUCACCUAUCGCUGCAAGGAUUGAAGUGGAUGAUUAUGCCAAUUACACUAGAACAGAGCUUUUAUAUAAGAUAGGUUUGGCUCAAGAGCCAAACAACCAUCUGCUCCUAGCUAACUACGCUCAGUUCCUUUACCUCGUUACUCAAGACUAUGACAGAGCGGAGAACUGCUUCAAGAAAGCCAUAGAGUCAGAAGAUGUAGAUGCCGAAGCAUACAGCAAAUACGCUACCUUCCUGUGGAAAGUUCGCAACGAUCUCUGGGCGGCUGAGGAGACCUUUCUAGAAGCUAUAUCUGCAGAGCCGACCAACUCCUUCUAUGCUGCCAACUACGCCAACUUCCUCUGGCAAACGGGUGGUGAAGAAACGUGUUACCCAUUAGGAUCUUCUGAUUCUCCUCAGGAAAUGGCUUAAGAACGUGUAAAUGGCAGUGAAUGGUGUGGUUUGUUAGCAACAAUUCGCAAUGAAGAGACAGGGACAGAACUUAGGUACACGAUAGAAUAAGAGGGAAAACUGUAAGUAGUGUUUUUGAGUGAACCAGUGCAGCUGAUGGAACAAUACUUCUCUUUUGUUCUUUCUUUUUUUUUUUUUUUUUGCUUUUCCCUAAAUUUUCACUCAGUAGUAGUAUAUACUAGUCGCAGAUUCCACUGGUCUACUGGUCAUGGACGGAUCCAAUAAGAGAACAUCUGUAGAUCCAACACUAAUAAUAAUCACUGAGCAUUGCUUUUGGUGAAAUAAUAAGUGAGCAUAUUUGAAUCC